AUGACUUCAAGCUCAAUCCUUCUGAAAAACGGGACAGUCUUGCAGCACGAUGCGCAGGACAAUGUCUGCGUACGGCGCCAAACCGACAUUCUUAUCACCGACGAUCGAAUCGCAGAAAUAGGACAGUAUCUGCACGGUCAAAAUGUCGAAUGUAUCAUUGACUGCACCGACAAAAUAAUUUCUCCGGGUCUAAUUGAUUCGCACCACCAUAUGUGGCAGACCCAGUUGAAGGGGAGGCAUGGCAAUCAUACAUUGUUAGACUAUAUGACUGCUGCCAAUUUACAAGCUAUAAAUUUCACCCCGCAAGACCUCUUCUGGGGUCAACUAGGAGGCUGCCUCGAAGCCCUAGACGCAGGAACAACCUGUGUCAUCGACAAUGCCCACAUGAGCGCCAGCGCUGAGCACGGGGAUGUUGCUCUGGGUGCAACGAUUGCUUCUGGUAUACGCUCCAUAUUUUGCUACGGGGUUACCCCUGCACGCGCGACAGAAUGGACUUCCACAACCUUCAAACUAGACAGAAGUAGCGCGUUUCCGCCGUGGUUCUUUGAUCAGCUUGAGGAAAUGGCGAAGAAAGCACCGUUUGGCAGCGACGGCCGAAAGGUGCGCAGGAUGGGGGUUAAAAUGAUCACAAGUCACUUUAGACACUGGUCUGUAUCUGCAGGACAAUCCAAAAUCCCAGAAAUUCUGCAUGCAGCCUCGCUUCUAAGCCCAGACAUUCUCCUAUCACACGGCAACGGCGUCACAUCUUCUCAAGCAGAGCUACUCACGUCAGCUGGGGUAUAUAUCGCAUCAACUCCAGACGCCGAGAUAUUCAUGGCUUCUGGAGCCGAUCCUAUUGCCUUCCGAGCCGAUCUUCCACUCACCAGUCUAGGCGCAGACUGUCAUUCGUGUGGACCGGCUAGCAUGCUCCAUCAAGCCCAGUUAGCGAUGGGAAACGACCGUGCGAACCAGAUGUCAGAAUCUCACGACAAAGGCGGUUAUCCAAAGGAGUUCCGCGCGAAGGUGCAGGAUGCUUUCAACAUGGUGACAAUCAACGGUGCUCGAGCAGCACGUAUGGAGGACCGUAUUGGUUCUAUAGCGGUUGGAAAACUGGCAGAUCUAGUCAUCUUCGAUGCGGAUACGCCAUCGAUGAUCUGUGCGGCUGAGCACGACCCCUUGGUUGCGGUUGUUCGGCAUGCCGGGCCGAGAGAAAUCAAUACUGUAAUCGUAGGUGGUCGAAUUGUGAAGCGAAAUGGUUUAUUGUGUCAGGUGGAUCUUGUUAAAGGGUUAGAGGAAUCGGGUGAAUCUUUUGCCCUGGGACUCGAUGAGACCUCAACACUGAGCUGGAAACAAGUCGCCCAAAAUUUGCUGGCUAGCCGAGCAGAGCUUCAAAAGCGGAUUGAAAAAGUGAAUAUUGAUCUAGCUAGAGGGGAGCUGUUUUCGGUGUUUGGUAUAAGUGAAGACGAGCUGUUUUUGUGA